UACUCCGUCCUAAAAUUGAUUAAUAUGCAAGCCCAACAGAGAGACGGAUACGUAUUUCCACUUCCAACUUUCUACUGUGGAUGAUGCUCUAACAACAAUUAACCGCCCCAUAAGCUUACGCUUUGGAGCUGAAACUGUGUCGCUGUCUGGUCCAUAGAAUUAUUACUGCGACUUUUUGGGAGAAACCAGGCUUUCCUGUAUUUCCCCAUUUGUAAUUUGUAAAAUUUCUUCGAUUAUGUUUCUGUUCCUCACUGAUAGAUACACUUCGGAGGGGUACACAUCCCUAUUUCUCCGCUGGUCUUCGUCUUCCCUUUCACUUCUCAUCUGCUUUCUGCCUCUCUGUGUUCACACGUAUGUAUCUUGAUGUGAAAUGGGACUCCAUUAUUAAGCAUACAAGUUUGGAUGCUCUGUUUAGCUGGAGUUUAAACGCAGUUAGUGGGAAAUCGAAAUGGAAUAUGGAGAAUCAGGUCUGCUUGCUGGGUAUGAUAUUCAUGGCUUUCACACCUUGGAAGAUUUGGAUGUUAACACUGUAACAGAGGAAGCCAAAACGAGAUGGUUAAGGCCAAAUGAGAUUCAUGCUUUGCUCUGCAACUACAAGUUUUUCACAGUCCAUGUCAGGCCUGUGAACCUUCCAAAAAGUGGUACCAUUGUUUUCUUUGAUCGUAAAAAGCUCAGGAACUUCCGAAAAGAUGGCCAUAAUUGGAAGAAGAAAAAAGAUGGGAAAACUGUUAAAGAAGCUCAUGAGCAUUUAAAAGUUGGCAAUGAAGAAAGAAUUCACGUGUACUAUGCACACGGAGAAGAUAAUUUGACAUUCGUUCGCAGAUGUUAUUGGUUGCUCGAUAAGACACUGGAACAUAUUGUCCUUGUUCAUUAUCGUGAAACACAAGAGUUGCAGGGUUCACCAGUUACCCCCGGGAAUUCAAAUUCUAGUUAUGCCUGUUCCAAUCUGUCACUACCUCUGCCUUUGUCCGAAGAAUCUGAGUCACCGAUUGAAUUUUCAAAUUACAGUGGGAUUCAAGCAUGUUUAGAGCUUAAUGACAACAUGACAAUCCAACAUCAUCAACAGACUUUACAUGAAAUUAACACACUUGACUGGGAUGAGCUCUUGGUGCCUGAUGACCCUAUCAAAUCGCAAUCUACCCAAGAAGUGGUAGCAAAAUCUUCCCAUGGGCAACAGCAUCAACAUGAAACAAAUGAUUUCAGGCUCAAUGGUAACAGCCUGUCUGCUGAGAGAUUAGCUUCACAACCUUUUGAUAAUUUACCCGGGAAAAUUUCUGUCCACAACUCCCUUAAUUCUGACAUUUCAAAUGAUGUGAUGCUUCAGUCGGUGAAUGGUCAAAUGACUUUAUAUUCUCAGAGGAACGGUUCUGAGAAUCUCAGUAAGGAUGGUCUCCUAAAUCAAGACAGUUUUGGAAGAUGGAUGAAUUACCUAAUAGCUGCAGAUUCUCCAGGAUCUACAGAUGAUCCAUCACCAGAGAUUACAACUUCAGCUGUUUAUCAAACUUUUGAGUCGCUGAAUGUUAUUGAUGGCCAGUUAUCUGCACAGGAGCAGAUAUUCAACAUAACAGAUGUCUCACCUGCAUGGGCUUUUUCAACUGAAGAAACAAAGGUAUUACUGAUUGGGCAUUUUCACGAAAGACAUUUGCAAUUGCAAAGUGCCAAUCUUGUUUGCGUCUGUGGAGAUGUUCAUGUCCGUGCAGAGAUAAUCCAGUCGGGGGUAUAUCGAUGUUUAUUUUUACCCCAUCGUCCUGGAUUGGUUAACCUAUUUUUGAGUUUUGAUGGCUCUAAGCCUAUAAGUCAAGUAAUAACCUUUGAAUUUCGGACUCCAUUAGUUCCUAAUGAAUCAAGUGUUCCUUCAGAGGUGAAGUAUGAUUGGAAAGAGUUGAGAGAUCAACUGAGGCUUGCACACAUGCUGUUUGCUACACCUAAGAACGUUGGAUUUUCGUCUAGUAAAGUAACACAAGAUGCCAUGAAAGCAGCUAAAAUAUUUACACAUAAAUGUUCCCAAAUAACCCACAAUUGGGCACAUUUAACCAAAUUAAUCAACCACAAUGAACUUUCUUUCCCACAAGCAAAAGACAAAUUGUUAGAGCUGUCUUUGCACAACAAGGUACAUGAAUGGCUUUUGGAACAAAUUCUUGACGGAUGUAAAAUCCCUGAGCGUGAUGAGCAAGGUCAAAGUGUUAUUCAUCUGUGUGCUAUCCUGGGUUACACGUGGGCGGUUUAUCCAUACAAAUGGUCUGGCCUAUCAUUGGAUUAUAGAGAUAAAUUUGGUUGGACUGCUCUUCAUUGGGCUGCAUAUUAUGGCAGGGAAAAAAUGGUUGCAACUCUUUUAUCUGCCGGGGCAAAGCCGUCUAUGGUAUCUGAUCCAACUUCUGAAACCCCUGCUGGAUGCACUGCAGCUGACCUUGCAUCCAAAAAUGGAUAUGAGGGUUUAGGAGCUUAUCUUUCAGAAAAGGCUCUAGUUGCACAGUUCAAAGACAUGACUUUGGCUGGCAAUGCAAGCGGCUCACUUCAAACUGAGUCAGCUGAAUCUGACAACUUCACUGGUGGUGACUUGGAACUGAAUGACACUUUGACCGCUUACCGGACAGCAGCUGAUGCUGCUGCACGCAUACAGGCUGCUUUCAGGGAACACUCCUUCAAAUUGAGGAAAAUGGUGGUUGAGUCCUCAACUCCAGAGAUCGAGGCAUGCAAUAUCAUUGCAGCCAUGAAGAUCCAGCAUGCUUUUCGCAGGCACGAGACCAGAAAAAGGUUGGCAGCUGCUGCAAGAAUCCAGUAUACUUUUCGAACGUGGAAGAUACGGAAAGAUUUUGUUAACAUGCGUCGCCAAGCUGUUAAAAUUCAGGCAAUCUUCCGUGGUUUUCAAGCACGGAAGCAGUACAGAAAGAUCACUUGGUCAGUGGGGGUGCUUGAAAAGGCAAUUUUGCGCUGGCGUUUGAAAAGAAAAGGGUUCCGUGGACUUCAGGUUCCUGAGACCAUUGAUAACCAGAAAGAAGGCAGUACUGUGGUGGAAGAGGAAUUCUUUCAAGUAAGCCGGAAGCAAGCUGAAGAGCGGGUUGAGAGGGCGGUGGUAAGGGUGCAGGCCAUGUUCCGUUCCAAAAAGGCACAGGAGGAAUACAGAAGGAUGAAGUUAGAACACAACUCCGCAUCCCUUCAAUUCCAAGAGGAGUUUCUUGAUCCUGACACUGACAUGGGAUAGAGAAGCAUUUGUGCAGGUUUUCUAUCAUGACCUGGUCUAUGUUUGGAGUGAGGAAUAUGGUAGGGAAAAGGGAAAAUAAAUGUGGAAAAUAGUUUUUUUUUUAAUGUUUGGUUUUACCUUGUAAAAUAUGAAGGAAAAUAUAAUUUUAUUAUAACCUUUAAAAUUAUGUAUGUAUGUGAGUGAUGUGUGUGCGUGUCUAUAUAUUAUAUAUAAUUGAGUUUGAACAAAUAUCUAAAUCUUAUUUAUUGAGUUCAAACCAAAAUUGUGUUCUCUCAAAUUUUUAUAUCCUUCCAAAUUUCUAUUCUACUUCCCUCCUUUUCCUGUUUCCCUAGCAUUUUCUGGAUUCCAAAUGGGCCCUUGAUGAAAAGUCAUUGGGUAAAUCCAGUAUUCUUGUGGAUAUGCAUUUCACCAUAAAAGGAAGGUCAGGUACUCAGGUAGUCAGGUGCUUGAAAAUCUUGUUAGGUUCUCGACAGGAGAAGCCACAAAGCUUAUGUGUCAAACCCACAUUGGUUGAAAACUGCGUUGUAAUGCACAUCGGGCAAUUUUAUGAUUUCCCAGUUCUGUUGACAAUUAUUAUGCUCUAGAAAGUGAAGUUACUUUCGAAUUUUUGAAAACAUAGUUUUUUUUAAUAAA